AUGGAAAAUAUUUGCUAUCGGUGUUCAUUAUCUGGAGAAUCGCUAAGCGACCAUGCGUACCUAUUUUUCGACGGAUAUUUUUUAAACGAUUUUAACCAUGCCACACCAGACGUGAAAGAAAACCAAAAGAGUAACAUCUUUUUAGACAAUGAUAAAAAAUGGUUUUCAAAAUAUAUAGCGGAUCAGGGUAAAAACACGAAAGAAGGAGACCUGCAAAAUGUGUAUAAGAAGGUGUACACGAAUUUAUACCUAUGCAAAAUGUGCAACGGGCUACACAAUAUCGAUUUGAUACUUUUUUACAAUAAAAAUAGUUGUUUCCAUCAUGAAGUGUUAAAGGAAAAUUUCCCUAUCAGCGCAGAAGAGGAAAAAAAUAUGAACAGUGUAUUUAAUAGUAUAAAAAAUUUACUUCACCUUCUGAACAAUAUUGACAUAGUUUUUUUUUUCCUCUACUUACACAAAACGAAUCAAAUUUUUUGCGAAACGGAAAAUGUUACCCAUGACACAUUUCACCGCAAUUGUGAACGUAUAAAAAAGUACAUUUUAAUACCUCCCAAAAGAAGAAACAAUAAUAUUUCGAGUAAACAAAUCCAGAAGACGUUUGCAUAUUUUUUGAUUUAUUUUUACCUAACAUUUUACCAUAAAAUAUGUGAUAGUGUGUCCCUAAGUGAACACCAAACGGUAAAAAACAGUCAGUCAUCUGAAACAUCGCAUAAAAGUAACAGUCGAAAAUAUCACCUUUACAAUAAAAAAAGGAAAAUAACAAAUGAAUGCGGUGGGGAUAAAGAAACUGCAGUAUUGCACAAUGACGAGGCUGACGAUAAUGACGAUUUUGCCAAAAAUGAGAAAGAAACUGAAGAGGUAGAAAAAAAAACGAAUUCCACAAGUGCGUCUGAUGAAGGGAAAAAUAGGGAAUUAGACUCUUCCCCUCCACUUCCAACCAUCGACGUAUACAUAUCGCUUAACAACUUAUGCAUAUGUGGCUACUACAAUAAGUAUAACAAAGAAAUGUCACAAACCAAGUGGUUCAUAAAUAAUGAGUCCCAAAGUGCACUGUCAGUGGAAGAAUGCAUUUAUCACAUUUUUAAAAAAACAUUCCGAUCGACUAAUGAGGUGUUUAUGGCGUCCGGAAGGGAAGACAAAGAUGUGCGAAUGAUGAACAUAGGAAGACCCUUCGUCUUUGUUCUGAAAGAAACUAAAUUCUCCUUCCUAAAUUUUUACCUCUUUUUUAAUAAGUUAAAAAGAAUGGAAUUAACUGACACUGCUAGUGGUAACUCCCUCGAAAUUAAAACAAUAGAUCAAAUAAAUCUCUUUCUUCAAAAAGAAAACUGUGCAGAUGACAAUUCUGUAAGAGACCUCGUAUCCAUAUUGAACGAGGAUAAUUCCCCCCCGCAAAGAAUUAACGACAGCUAUGCACUGAUAAACAAAAAAGAAACCAUUUCGUUGUACGAUUUAGACUCCCAUAAAGUUCUUGCAGAACAAGCAAAGGGUAAAACUGUGGAGGAACAGAAGAUACACAGUUUGAACCUUUCGUGUAACUACAAUAAAGAGCUGGAAGUGCUGCUAACGGGUGAAUCCAUCGGGGCGAACGAACUGGUUAUUUUUGACCCAAUUGGGAAAAAAGAUCCUAUUUACCCAAAUGAUGCUAAGGAAAACUCCCAAAACGGCAAUUGUGACCAUCUUAACGGAUAUGUGCCCACAAACAAGGAGGCCAAUUUGGAUAUCUUAAAAAAAAACAUCACACAGAAUGCCAAUCGAAACUAUAAUAUCAACAACCUUGUGGACGUAAAAUUCAGCAACGUUGCUUUUAGCACAAAUUAUGCCUUGAUAAAAAAAAUUAUGAAGUAUGGCGAAGAGAGAAAAAAGGCCUAUAAAUGCAUUAUAUACCACUCCUCCCCAAUGACUAAAGAAAAAAUACAAAAAAUAAAUCAAGACGUUUUAAGUUAUGAUAAAAACGACAUGUGUGUAAUUAGCGUGAUACAAAAAACUCCAAUAAGGGUACUCCAUAGAAGGAGUCUACUAAAACGGGAAAGGAAAAUUUUUGAAUUCAAUCUCGUUUUUGUUCAUGAGCAUUUUUCUUUAUUAUAUUUAUUGGCGCAGUCAGGGAUGUAUAUAAAAGAGUUCGUUAAUGGAGACAGAGGAAGAACUUUUCCAAACUUGAAACACUUCUUUGGGCAGGACACGUUCGUUAAUAUAUUAAACUUAGAUGUAUCAAGUUUUACGUACGAUUUAAAUGUCCAGUAG